UCUCCGAAUUCAUUCACAGCAAAUGAAGAGCUUCCUCUAACUUAAGUUAAAGCUGAUGGUAGAUCCGAGCCUCCUUUGCCGCUUCCUCGUCCUCCGAUUGCAACCGUGCACCGUCACUUGCGGGGCCUUCAGAUGUUCCAUAACGGCCUUUCAGCGAUACUACACUACAAAUAAAGAUGGUAGUAAUAAUAGAGGUAAAUGGUUCACUUUGCCUCCUUUCAGUUCCACCAUAAACGGCUCGAAUUUGGGAAAGCAGCUGGUCGGCGGCCCAAAAGUCUCCACUUCUGAAAUGAUGGCGCUUAAAUGGGUUCAUCAGUGCUGUCCUCAGUUGCCUAGAAGUCUCAUACAAAAGCUUUUUCGUUUGAGACAGGUUCGAAGAGAAUUCAUAACCAUCAAAAGUUCAGAAAAUGGUGGUCAAUUACAAGAAAGUAAACUCAAAAGGGUGGCAGCCAAGGACUCAUUGAAGUUGGGAGAUCGAAUCUUUCUCCCCAUUACCAUCCAGGAGUUUCCUACUGAGAAACAGGAUUGCCCUUGCACUGACGAAGAAUUGAAUUAUAUUCGUAGCCUGGAGUUGUAUAAGGAUUCAGCCAUUAUUGUUGUCAACAAACCUCCUGGGAUGCCUGUUCAGGGUGGCAUUGGCAUUAAAAGAAGUUUAGAUGAGCUAGCAGCUACCUGUUUAACUUAUGAUUACUCAGAGCUGCCACGGCUGGUACAUAGACUUGACAGAGAUAGUAGUGGCAUAUUGGUGAUGGGAAGGACGCAUACAAGUGCAACAGUUUUGCAUUCUGUAUUCCGUGAGAAAACUAUUGGUGCAUCAAAAGAUGACAUUAACAAUGAAAAGAGAAUCUUGCGAAGAUGGUAUUGGGCCCUUGUCAUUGGAUCUCCAAGACGCUCAAAGGGUUUAAUAUCAGCACCAUUGGGAAAGGUUGUACUGGACAAUGGAAAAUCCGAUCGAAUCACAGUUGUUAACAACUCUCAAAAUAUGACAUCACAGCAUGCAAUAACAGAGUACAGAGUGAUUGAUUCAUCUCAUGGUUACACAUGGUUAGAGUUAUCUCCUCUUACUGGUAGAAAGCAUCAGCUCCGCGUACACUGUGCUGAGGUGCUGGGUACACCUAUAGUUGGAGAUUACAAAUAUGGUUGGCAAGCUCAUCGGAAGUGGAAAGAGUUGCAUUCAUCUGAUCUUAUUAAGAACUCAAACGAGAAGGUUUCGAAAGAAAAAGCUCUUCCCUUUGGCCUUGAUUUGGAGAAUGGAAGCAUCUUUGGAAAGCACCCUCACCUGCAUCUUCACUGUAAGGAAAUGAUUUUACCCAAUGUGUCUCAGGCUGUGCAAGCUAUGCAAUCAUCUUCAGACUAUGAUCUUUCAGAAUUGAAAACCCUGAAGUUGGUUGCACCUUUGCCUUCACACAUGCAAAGAAGUUGGGAUUUUAUGAAUUCUUGAACCAAAACCAUAAUUGCGAAAACUUGCAGAUUGGGACGUCAUAAAACCGAAUUAUUAAGCAACCUGACUACCCUGAUCCAGACCUGUCAAGUUGUAUUAGUUUAUUCUUCUACCAGUAUGCAUACAGUGCUCAAGUCAGUUGUAGGAUCCUCCUAUUUUAAACCAUGAAACCUGACCCAACCCAAAUACAAUUUGUACACAAUAAAGCCUGCCAGCAUCUUAACCUUUAUAUAUGUCAUUUUCUUCAUGCAAGCUUCAUUCUUCAAGUCCUGAAGUAGAACUUAUACAAAGUCCUUAGAAUUUUCUCAACUUCAAGUUUCAUAUUGUAGUGUUCUACAUCAUCUCGGCUGUAGCAUAAGGUCCUUUAACUUAGGUUUCCUCAGUUUCUAACCAUUCUUUUCUUGCUCAACAAUUGUGGCGAGCUGGAUAUUUGUCUGUCGUGGUUUAUUUUAUUGAAAUUGUGAGACAAACUUUGAAUGAAACAUGCAAAUUAACGUUGGAUCAAUUAAAUUCAGUGGGAGUUGCUUACUGCAUUUUCAUUUCAA